GCCGCCGCCGCCGCCGCCGCCCCCUCCCCUCGCCACCGGCCGACCGGCGUCCCUGUCGCCCAUGCUCCGGAGGAGCCCGCUCUCGACCGGGGGUGCCGCUCUUGGCGAGGGGGUUUUCUCCCCACCCCGCCACUUGCGACCGCCAGGGUCCUUGUCGCCGCCUGCGCCACCCUCGGCCUCGCAGGCCUCGCCGGAGGCCUCGAUGUCGUUCGCCCCUCAUCACUUGUCUCCGCGCCCGGGAGCCAUGUCCCCCGGGCCAUCGUCAGCCACGCCGUUGAGCUUGACCCAGGUGGAGGAACUCCGUCAGGCAGCCUCGUUGGCGGCCUACCAUCUUCCCGACCAGUCUCCGAUGCCGGUGAUGAACCACCGCCUGAUCGAGCUGAUUGCCCGACUGGAGCAAAUCCUCCAGCUGACAACCAGCUCGGAGCCCGGCUCCAGCGCCGGGACCGGGACCGGGACCGGGUCCGGGACCGGGUCCGGGGGCGGGGCCGGCACCGCGACCGACACCAGGUUCGGUAGUGACCCAACCGGCGUGGAGUUGUCGGCCAUCUCCCUCCCACGCAUUGUGGUUGUUGGCAGCCAGUCCACCGGCAAGUCUUCGGUACUGGAGGCCAUCGUUGGUCGGGACUUAUUGCCGCGUGGCCGGGACAUUGUCACGCGUUGCCCGUUGGUGUUGCAGCUGCGCCAUGUCCCGCCAUCUGAUCGUUCGCAGGAGGAGCGAGCCAUUUUUUCGCACGCCCCGAUGCGCCUGUACCGGCCCCAUGAAUAUCCCGAGGUCAUCAAGGAGAUUGAGGCCGAAACUCGGCGCAUCACUCGCGGCACGCAUUCCCUCAGCUCGAAGCCCAUCUACCUGACGGUGUGCGCACCGCGACUGGUGAACUUGACCCUUGUGGACCUGCCUGGGCUAACCAAGAUUGCGGUUGGCGACCAACCGACCGACAUCGAGCAGCAGUCACGAAACAUGGCCCUGGAUUUCAUCUCCCAGCCAAGCACCCUGAUCCUGGCCGUGUCAGCAGCCAAUGUGGACAUUGCCAACUCGGAGGCACUCAACCUCGCGCGCCAAGUGGACCCCACAGGCGAGCGCACCAUCGGGCUGCUGACGAAGGUCGACCUGAUGGAAGUUGGCAGCGAUGCGUUGCCGAUCCUACGCGGCGAGACGGUCCCUCUGCGUCUUGGCUUUGUGCCGGUUGUCAAUCGGUCUCAGCAGGAUAUUCAAAAUGGUCUGGCGAUCGGUGCCUCCAUCAGCCGAGAGCGGGUCUUCUUUUCCGAUCACCCCUCCUACCGGGGCCUGCGUGAUGUCUGUGGGACCCCUUUUCUCGCGGCCUACCUGAGCAAGCUGCUUGAGCAUAGCAUUCGAAACCAGUUGCCCAAGAUCGAGGAUGAGAUCUUGCAACAUGUUGCCAUCCUGCAGGAGCGCCUUCGCCGGGCGGGAUCCCUGUCGCCCGUGCCAUCAGACCCCCUCGAGCAGUCCCAACUUCUCCUGUCUCUCCUGUCCGACUUCUCGCAAUCCGUCUCCAACGCCAUUAACGGAUAUGUCGAUGCCUCGACCCGGCACGCCGGGCCAGCCGCCUCGGAGGAGGUGACUGCGGUGGACAGUUUCCUCGAGUCCCAUGCGCCGCGAGCAUCAAUGCUCCAUGGUGGAUCUCGUCUGUUUGAUCUCUUCCAAAACCGCUUCCCCGAGCACAUGCUCGCGAUCGACCCCUGUCAGGGGCUGUCCGACGCGGAAAUCCACUCGACGCUGCUCAACUCCUCGGGCAUGCGUGCCCGGCUUGGGCUCACCUGCGACGCGGCCUUCGAGCACCUGGUCAAGCGUCAGAUUCCCCUGCUACUCGGUCCGUCUCUUCGGUGCUUGGACACGGCCUUCGAGGAAUUGUGGCACAUUGUGGGCAAAUCCUCUCGGAUGCAACUUGGCCGGUUCCCGCGAUUGGAGGUCCAAGCUCUGCGCACCACGCGGGACAUCAUGACGCAGGGUCUGGGCCCUGCGCGGACUUUCAUCCAGUCGCUGGUGGACAUCGAGUGCUCCUUCAUCAAUAUUUCACAUCCCGACUUUGUGGCCUUCAAGACCUCCAUGCGGCGAGCGGAGAUGACCCGGUGGACUGAGCCCUCCGUCGAGGGGAGCCUACUGUCCAGCUCGAUCGGGGCAAAUGGCCCCGGCAUGGUGGAUCUGGCCGAGCCAAUCUCACCGACGCCUGUCGGGAAAACCAUCGGGCGUGGCCUGGCAAACUACCUGUGGCGCGGUGGCGUCGGCGGGGGUGCCCCUUCGACGCCCGGUGGCGAGCCCCCGGGCGACAUGUCUUCCCCGGGUUCGGGGCCUGGUGGGGGCAGUGUCACCAUCGGGCCGCCAUCUCCCCCCUCCUUGGCCGAGUCGAGCUACAUCGGACGCACGAGCCCCGGGCUGCCGCCGGUGGGGAGUGUGUCCCCGAGGAGCCCCUUUUCCUCGAGCGAGCGCGAGGACAUCGGCCUUUUGCGGCAACUGGUCGAUGGCUACGUGCGGCUGGUUCGCGCGCGCCUACUGGACCUGGUGCCGAAGGUGGUGGUGCAUCACCUGGUUCGGCCCUUCACCGGGAAUACUCUUCACAACAGCCUGAUUGCCCAGUUGCACCAUCCGGCGCGCGGCAGGUCGACUGGUGUGUCCGGCGAGGCGGCCAGCGCCGACUCCGGCCACCGGACCCCGCUGAGCCACUAUUUGCACGAGCAGCCGGUGGUCCGAGCCCAGAGGGUGCGUCUGGCCAGUCGGCUGCAGGCAUCGGAGCGCGCCUUGACUGCGGUCCGGGCAUUUCUCUAUCAUGGAGCUCUGCCGGGCGAGGGUGAUGAUUUGGGGAAUGUCCGCCUGGCAGGCGGAUCGGCUGCGGCGCCCCUCUCGCCGGUGGGGCCUGGCCCCGAGUCCGGGCCGUGGGCCCGGCAGCCGAACCCCGUGGCCAGUCCCCGCGAGGAGGAGGAUGAGGACCUGCUCUUUGAGGAUGCGCGUCCGAUUGUCCACCGGCACAUUGCCCAAUCGCCCCGGACGCGGGCGACGACGACGACGGCGGCGGCGGCGGCAGUGGCUGCCGUCUCGGGGGCGGCCACUGCCGAGAAGGAUGGUCCGGAUGUCGUGGACGAUGAUCUGUUCCAGUCGGCGACCAAGUUCCGUGCGCCGUACUCCACGCCCCCCGUAGCGGCGGUGCCGGGCCAGUCACCUUCCUCGACGGGGCCCACUCACACGGGUCCGCUUUCACCCAUCAUCGGCACCAUCAGUCGGAUGCUGUGGGGCUGA